CAAAAACAAACUUCGUCGAACAGUGAACUAAAUUCAAUAAAAUUAAUUCUAAUUCGUUUCUUGCUGUAAGGUAUCUUUUUAACAUCUACAUAAUAAGAGAUGAUCAUCGCACAAAUAUGAAUGGUCUCACUGCAGAUGGAUAAUGCUAUACGAUAAGGAAAUAAGUCGAGAUAUUCGAAAUUUUCAAAAGUUAUGUAAAGAAAAGCGACAGAAUUUGCUACAAGAUUAUAAGAAUGAAGAAAAAGAUUUAAAUGAAAACUUUCAAAAGAAUUACAGAGAAUUGGUUAAAUCUCAUAAGAAACAUUUAAGUGAUCUUCAGUCGAAAACUGAUAAAAGUAAACGAAAAUUCAGAAGGCACCUAGAAUGUGAACUGCGUUCCGAAAAGAAGAAUUUAAAGAAGUUCUAUGGUCAAAAAUCGCAAAGUAUCAGCCAUCUUACAAUUUUAAAUGAUUUACCAUUAUCAUCAAUCUCAUUGAAUAAUUUACAAACAUUACAGUAUAAUACUAAUACUACUACUAAUACUACUAAUAAUAAUACUACUGAUAAUCAUUCAUUAAUCGUUGAUCAUUCAAAUAUUUCAUCACAAUUACCACCGGAAACAUCAUCAAUGUCCCACUCCUUUAAUCAUUUAAACAAAUAUGAAACACGCAACAAUAACCGACCUAUUGGUUUAAAUAAACAAUUAAGUAGAAGUGAUUAUAUGCUUCAUUCAAACAAGGGUCUCUAUAGUAUUAAACAUUUGAAUAAUGAUAUAGAAGAACGUUUUUAUCAUUGUUUAAUGAAUCAUAAGAAUAGAAUAGCUGAAUUAGAAUGGAAAUGUUUACUUGAAAGACAAGAAUUAAGAAGAGCAUAUCUUUUAAAUCUUGGUGAAUUAAAACAACGUCGUAUUAUAUCAUUAUAUAAUUUGAAUCGAUUACAAAUUAAAACAUAUUAUGAUAUACAAAGAAAAUGGUUAUGUGAAAUACAUUCCUAUGAAUUACAAUUACGUAAUAAUCAAAAUCAUAUAACAAUGAAUAAAUUAAUAGAAUCACAAAUGAAUGAACGUCAAAUGGUAUGUAAAUUAUUAAAACAAUCUAUUCAAAGUUAUAAACAAAUUCAAUUAAUAUUAGAGGAUAUUUUAAAAAAAGAUAUAAAUUAUAAUUAUACUACUUAUAAAACUACUAAUAAUAAUGAAUAUCAAAAAUCAACAUUAUUUAUGGAACAAUUAAUGGAAUCACCAUAUUAUGUUAAUGAAAUGAAUCAUAUAGAAUCUAUGCAUUCAUCAUCAGCAAGUUCAACAACUUCUAUGAAUGGUAAUAGUGGUAGUCAGGAAUCAAAUGAACAACAAACUAAUUCAAAUAAUGUAAAAGCAAAAAUUGUAGAAAUACCAAGAGAUUUACAAAAUUCUAUACAACAACAAAAUGAAUUAAUGAAUAAAGCUAAAUCAACACAAAGUAUUCAUUCAACAAUAAGUGCAUAUGAUUCUUUAUCUAAAACAUUUUUAAAUAUGAUAACAAAUCGUCAAAAUGAUUUAUGGAUAACUAUUAUAGAACAAGAACAAUCAGUAACAGAGAAUUUAUUAAAAGGACAAAUAGACCAAUUAAAGCUGUUGAUAACUAGUGAAAAUGCUGCAUUAAAACAAUGUCAAAUGGAUUUUGAUAGUCGUUUAGUUUAUUUAUCUGUUACAUUGGAAGCUAAUCAAAAGUUUGCUGAACAUGAAUUCGUUGAAGAACAAGAACGUAUAAUACAAUUUUAUUUUCCUAAUUCCAAUACCAAUAAUAUACGUUCACCUUCUCAAUAUCAAUCGGAAACCUUUCAAAAAGAUCACUCUUCAAAUGAAAAUAAUAAUGAUAAUGCACAAAUAAUAAGAAAUAAUACGGAUAAUAUUGAAUAUUCCCCUGAAAAUAUUCGUCCAGUAUUAAGUUCCAUAAGAAAAUUUGAAAAAUAUACAAAUGAACAUGGUGAGAAAAUAAUACCAAUCACAUUUAAAACACCAUCAUCAUCAUCAUCUAAAUUCAAUUCAAAUAGUAGUCAAGGUGGAAUGUUACUAACACAAGUGGCAAAUUAAAUUUGAUAUGAACAUGUUUGAAUAGUUGUAUGAAUAUGUAUUUGACGAAUAAAUAGAGAGAGAGAGUGAGGGUGGAUGUGUGUGUGUGUACGUGUUUGUAAGAGGAAGGAGACUUUUGUUUUUACAUAUGAGACUUAUAAUUCAAUAAUGACAUACCUAUUUUCAGUGAUUGAAUAGUUUUUUUUCUUUUUUUCUUAAAACUUGAUUUCAAGCAUGUAAACUUCACUAUAAAAUAUACAUUUUCAUGUAUGUAGAA